AACAACUGGCAUACCAACAGAAGUAACGGCCUCAUAAUGGCAUCCCGCGACAUAUCACAAGUAACAGAGCAGCUAGCUAAAACCAAAGUAGAUGAAACAUACGAAUUAAGUUUUAAAGGCAGAGGACUAAAACUGAACUCAGCGAAAGACGCCCAAGAAUUAGCUGACGAAAUAGCAAAAUGCAAAACAAUGACAGCUCUGAGAAUGGAAGGGAACACAUUGGGAGCUGAUGCUGCUGAAGUCAUCGCCAAAGCCUUACAGAAGCAUCCAGAAUUUCAGAGAGCACACUGGAGUGACAUGUUUACAGGCCGACUGAAAACAGAAAUUCCUCCUGCUUUGAUUCAUUUAGGCAAAGCCAUUAUAUCUGCGGGUGCUGGACUGGUGGAGCUUGACCUCAGUGACAAUGCAUUUGGUCCGACUGGUGUUGACGGCCUGAUAGAGCUGUUGAAGAGUCCAAGCUGUUACACACUGAAGGAAUUAAAACUCAACAACAAUGGUCUGGGCAUUGGGGGCGGAAAGAUGCUGUCUCAAUGCCUUCUGGACUGUCACAAGUCGAGCACGGCUGCAGGUAAACCACUGGCCUUACAGGUAUUUAUAUCAGGAAGAAACAGACUGGAGAAUGAUGGCGCCACUGCUCUGGCUGCAGCAUUUAAGGCGAUAGGCACCCUGGAGGAGAUUUCUAUGCCACAGAACGGGAUAAACCCUCCUGGAAUAAAUGCCCUGGCUAAUGCUAUAGCUCAUAACAAAGGGCUCAAAAAACUAAAUCUAAACGACAACACAUUCACAGUGGCAGGUGCCAAAAGCAUAGCAAAGGUUCUACCUCAUGUACAGAAAUUAGAAGUAUUAAAUUUUGGUGACUGUUUGGUACGGACAGAUGGAGCAAAAGUGUUGGCAAGCGCCAUCGCUGAUGGUCACACUAGUCUGAAGGAAGUGAAUUUCUCUGGGAAUGAAAUAAACAAGGCAGGAGCCACAGCGAUUGCUGAUGCAAUGGAGAACAAAGUGAAUUUGGAGAUUUUAGAUUUGGAUUCCAAUCAGCUUGGAGAAGAUGGUGUUGAAGAGGUGAGAGGUACAAUGGAGGCUAUCAACAGGGCAGAUGCUCUUGGAUCUCUGAGUGGAGAUGAGGGUACUGAUGAAGAAGAUGAAGAGGAUGGUGACAUUCAUGGAGAGGAGGUGGAGGCAAAAGAAGAUGAAGAGGGAGAUGCUGUGGAUGAUCCUGAAUUACAGGUGAAAGGGAAGGCCAUCAGUCCUGAAAAACAGACUGUUUCUGCGAAGGAUUUUCUGGCAUUUCCUUCUCCGACAAAGUUGAUUCAGAUGGGAACAGGACGUGCCACUGCACUCAAACAAGAACUCGGGAGUGAUAGCUCUGAUGUAGACAAGGCAGUACAGACAUUUAUGAAGGUUUCUUCUGUUGUUACCACUGUUGACACAAAGACCAAAGAAGCAGCAUGUGAUUGCACAGAUAAAUUAUUUGAGGACUUACUGCUGGACAGUACAGAAGGGGGAGCCUCACUGUUCGCCAAUUCCUUGCUGGUCAAUAUGGGAGUGUUAAAGGGUGAAGACAAGAAAUUCCGACCACCCAGUAGUAUAGUUGGCCCGCUUACAGUAUUAGAGCAUGCCGUCCAGCAGUCAUACUUUCCGAAACAAUCUAGAGAAAUUUUGUCAGCGUUUGUUAGUAAACCACAUCCACUCUUGGAUAAAUCUGGACCAGCACGACAUAAUCUCCUCCAGACGCUCUUCAGGUUCUGAAUACAAUUUCUUAUGUAACAGUACUAAAAAAAUCACUAAAGAUGAAGCAGUUAUCAAUAACAAUACAUACCAUGGACUGAUGUUCAUAUACCAAUGAAUUGAUAUUCACACACCUGUGGACAGAUGUCCACAUACCAAUAGACUGAUGUUCACAUACCUAUGAACAGAUGUUCACAUACCAAUGGACUGAUGUUCGCAUACCUGUGGACUGAUGUUCACACACCUGUGGACUGAUGUUCACACACCUGUGGACUGAUGUUCACACACCUGUGUUCACAUACCUGUGGACUGAUGUUCACAUACCUACGGACUGAUGUUCACACACCUACGGACUGAUGUUCACACACCUGUGGACUGAUGUUCACACACCUGUGGACUGAUGUUCACAUACCUACGGACUGAUGUUCACAUACCUGUGGACUGAUGUUCACAUACCUACGGACUGAUGUUCACAUACCUACGGACUGAUGUUCACAUACCUGUGGACUGAUGUUCACAUACCUACGGACUGAUGUUCACAUACCUGUGGACUGAUGUUCACAUACCUACGGACUGAUGUUCACAUACCUACGGACUGAUGUUCACAUACCUACGGACUGAUACCUGUGUCAACAAACAUUUUACAUGAUGUCUGACUGAAUGUUUUUUGAUUAUCAAUAGUUUGUCUCAUUUUCAUUCUACAUACACCACCAUGUAAGUUUUAUGAACGGAAUUUAAAUAUAAACGACUGGAUUUUUUCAUUUUUAUUGAAGCAAUUGAACUUAAAGAAAUUGUUUAAUAGCGAAAAUUUAAUUUUGAAUGAUACUGUAAAACCAUUAAUUUUUGUGUGCGAUUUAUUUUCAUAGAUUUUGUGAAUAUUCUAAAUCUACAAAUUCAUCUGUCAAUGAACUGUUAUACAUUAUGUGAUUAAUGUAGGUUCAGUUAUUGAGCUCUAUCUAUCCACAAAAUCAUAUUUAUUACAAAGUGUUACUGUGAAAAAUCAUGAAAAUUUGGGCCCAAGAAAAUAUUUGAUUUUGCAGUAUUUAAUAGAUUUGAACAUCGCUGUUUCUAUUAUAAUUUAUUAUCACUUACUAUUGACAUAUUUAGUCAUUUUUAGUGUGAUCCACCAGCUUUGGGAAUGAGAACUUUGAACAUUUUCACAAACCCUUUUCUGAUUAUCUGCAGUGAUAAGGGUUCUUUUGCAGAAUUUGGUGCCAAGAUUCAUUUUAUUGAUACAAUUUUGUUUGAUAGAUCCCUUUAACUUUAAUUUUAAAAUUUGAUGAAUGAGUUUAAUGAGUUAUUGGAAGGUAGGAAAAUGAAAUAUGUGUUUAGGAUUAUAUUUAGAAUGAUUUCAUGAUGGAGUUUUCGCAAAUUAUUUGACUUUGUAAUUUAUCUUUUAGAAUGUGCAACUAGUAUCAAGAAUGAGGGCUGCUGUUCUGUAACAUGCAAAUUUGUUGAUAUAUGUUGCCUUACUUUGUCAUAAUAGUUUAAGAUUUAUUCUACCAUAUUGUUAAACACCUUUCUGCUUAUUGAUUUGAAUUUGUUUAAGUAAGUGAUAGAUAACCACGCUAACUUUUUACCUAUCUUCUGUCUCUAAUUCUUUGUUGAAUUUUCUUAGAAGAAGAUAAAAGUUUCUUGAUUUAGUGAAUUGAUUGGUCAGAACACCAAGGACUGAUGGAAAACAGAUGGGCAAGUAACUCUACUUAGUAAAUUGUCAAGAAUUUACUCGAGACAGAGGGCAGUACUGUUUCAAUACAAGUCAGCUUUUGUCAUCCUCUGAAGGUGGCCAUCGCAGGGAAUUUGUUUUUAUCAGUAAAACAUUUUGCGGAUCAGGGAUUUUUGAUAGCGAGACCUCCAAAUUCCACAUUACACAUAUGGGUUUUUCAUAUGAAAUAGAGAAUAUCUAAAGUCCUUAAGAUUUCUGAUUGUUUAAGGUUAUUUAGUCUUUUAUUUGAAGCAAUAUCAACUGAUGUCAGAAACACAUUGGCCUGACACCAUCAAUAACAUUUACAUAUUGUGUCAGCCCCUACAAGAAACAUGUUGUGAAUUGUCUUGGAUUUUAUUUGUGUAUAUGUAUUAAAAUAUUAAUACUAUU